AUGAAGGUUUUUGCCGUAAUCGCCGGUACAUUUAUCGCUGAGGGGAAACCCAGCAGGGCGGAAAUCUUUAAAGUUCCAGAUUCCUACUUUGAAGGCAUGCAACAACAACGACGCUACGUAGAUCUUCUGGCUAUUACACAGCACUACAAUCCUGGCUUUGACGAGCGCGAGCAGUGGUACUACGGAUGUCACUGCUUGAUGCUAGGUGAUCGCGCAAUGUCUACCAGAGGUCGAGGUAAACCAGUUGACCAGUUGGACAACGUCUGUCGACAGUACAAAGAAUGCAUCCACUGCGUAAAGAUGGAGUUCGGCGAGAUGUGCAUUCCAGAAGCAGUUAAGUACCAGUGGGAAGUGGACAGCUACGGCGAAACAGUUCCUGGAAAUAACGCUGGCACUUGCAAACGGGCGAUCUAUGAGUGUGACGCCAUGUAUGCUAGGAAGCUCGCCGAAACAAAUGCACUGAGCGUUUUCAACGGCGACUACCAUGGCUUCUGGUCGACGAUCGGGUGGAGCGCGGAGGAAGACUGCCCCGGCCGCGGCAGCCCAGCACAGCCCGAAUGCUGCGGCGGUUACGACAAACCUUACAUUCUCUACAAUGCGCUCAACCCAAAUAAACAAUGCUGCGCAGAUGGAACUGUUCGAAGAAAUUGUUACUGA